UAUCUGCUCUUAUCUCUCAGCGAAAUAUAGCAUCAGUCAGGUAUCGUUCAUCGACACAGGGAAACGUUAGGUUUCCUUAAAAAAAAAAAAAAAAAAAAUACAGCUCUUUGCCUAGUUUUGAAAAGAGUUGAACUGACAGCAGGGUGUGCUGCGAGUGUUCACGGACUGAUCAUUCAGCGCCAUGGAGAGAAGCUUCGUCAGCACACCCGCCCACCGCUACCACCCGUCUUUACUGGUACUGUCUUCUUUCUACCCGGCAGUGCAGCCAUUGCAUGGAGAGACCUAUCUACAAGCAAAACGACGAGAGAUUAAACUCGUUGAAUUUUACGGCAUGCUGGCAUACGUAAAGUCGUGUGUAGACACGGGCCCUCCAAAAACCCACGUGAGCGUGAAGGUUAAAUUGAAGAAACUGAUGGAAGAAGGCCUGAAGCUGGCAGAGCUGGAGUUUAACAACAGACUGAUGCUGAAGAGAAUCAUCAACGCCAUGAACGCCCCCGCCACGACUGACAAUCAUCUCAAUAUCCAAAACAGGCCGUUCAGCUUGAAUUUCGGGGCCCGCAUGAUGGAGGCCGACCGCAUCAACGCUGAAAACUUCAGAACCUUAACGCGAAUCCUUCAGGUCAAACCUUGCUAUGAUCGAAUCAAGCAGGAACAGAGCUAUCGGCAUUUAACAAAGGACAGAAAAUCCAGUAAAGACGUAAUCAAACUAUGGAAGAAGUUGGCGCAUGAGCGGAAAAAGGAAAUCAUGGAAGGAGGGCCAGCUGCCAGUCGUUAUGGCCACGAAGACCCUGAUGUUUUGCGCGCGCGCAGUGCCGGCUGCAUCAGAAUUGCUUCCCGGAGUACUUCACGUACGACUCCUUCUACAGACCUGUGCCUUCCUUCUGCCGCCUGGACCCCGACGCCAAGAAGAUCGACCACAGUCGGUGUCUGAGGGACGACCGAGAAAUGUUUCAACCCUUUCCUUCUAUCAGACGCAGCCCAAAGCAGCUCACCUCUCCGCCACAAUAUGAAUUCGCGAGCACCCGCACUACACAACUGCGAGCCAAGGAGGUCAAAAAGCGAGCCAGACAGUGGAAAACAUUCGGACUCAAACCUCAAAAACCAAAGGCACGCUCUGAGGAAGCUGAACCAGUUCAGAAUGUGGCAUUCAAUGCUGACAGUUUCAAGCAAAAAAAGGACCCAAGUAUUAAAGACAACUCCUCAGGAAAAUCUAAGAACAGGAGCGCCAGCGCCACCGGCCCUUAUCCACCGCCAGCUGUAACCCAUACCUGCGACCCUUUAGUCAUCGAACAUUCCAACAUCUCAUCUCCUAAGGUCCCCCCGGGUCCCGGCUCUCCCAACGUCUUGGAUGCCAAGAAAACCUCCCCGGUGCUCCCCUCUGCAGCCAGACCUCGCGCACAGCCGGACAAGAGCCCUCAGGCCGUCAUUGGAACAGUGGAAGUGAAGGGAUGUGUGGCAGACCGCCGCUCUGCGGACAAAAAUUCCUCGUUCCUGGCGCGGAUGUGUCGGGAUACUUCGAGUUCCGAAGGCGAAUUAGAUGAGACUAUCAUUGCUAGUGAAGAUAUCCCCAGUCGACCAGCAUCCCGCGAAUGUCACAGCACCAGCAGCGAGGGGACGGAUUCGGAAGAGAGAGCCUUGCCCCUUCCCAAGGCGGCGGAGAAGGGUAGGAAGAAGGUGGUUGUCAUCUCCGACGAGGACGCUUUCAAAGCGUCAAAACCCCAGGGCCUGUCUUCCUCCAGUGCUCACUAUUCCACAAGCUGGACGACGGACGAGGAGUCAGCAGGCCCCAAGACUGCCCGAAAAGAGAAAGACGGGUCAAGAGGAGUGUGAAGACUACCAAAAGAGAACAACAUCCGGUGGUCGUCAGAAGGGAAAAGAAGUCUCCAUCGGCACGUCCUCUAGGGCGGAAAGGUCACAUGCCGACAACACCAGCGAUGACGGCGAGGAUCUGCCUCUGUCGUCAUGGGUUUCCUCGCCGGAGUUGUCGUCCUCGACAUCACCGGUCAGUGGCCGCAUGGCGCCGCAGCACAGCGACAAGGAGUACGUGGAGGACUUCACGUCUUCGUCACAACGCUCGUCACAGCGUAGCGGCAUGGAGUCAGAGGGUGAAGCCAGCUCCAAACACCUGUCGCGGCAGGAAUAGGACAGCUUUCAAAUCUCAUCCCAUCCAACAACAGGCAACAAUUUCAGAAAUAAAAAAAAACAAACAAACUCAGAUUAAACAAGUGCGAAGGAAUGUAUUGAACCACUCUGAAGAUCUUCACAUUGUACCAUGCACAGAACUGGACCAGUCUUCAACUUUGUUUAUCUGCGUUAAAGUACAGCACGACAACACCACUUCACUACAUAUUUCUUUCUAACAUGAACUAGUGUGUUAUUCGAAUUUCUAGACAGUUAAUGUUAUUCACAAUUGGCAACUACUUGCAAGGUGGUUGGUGGGGGACUAGAAAGAGCUACGUGUAGCAGGGGGAGAAGUGGGCGAACGGUACCAGUCUUAGCAACGAGGUAUGGGUGUUUGUGAAAUACACUUUGAACAGAGAGAAAGGAGAGGCAUAAAAUAGAGGCAUAAAGAAAAAAAUGGCAAAAUAAAAUGUGACAAUAACAACAAUUAAUAACACCGCAUGCAGGGUAGAAAUACUGGAAGCUUUGUAUUUUAACUAAACUCUACUCGUUAUACUGGCUUUAAUAUGAUAUGAAAUAUGGGAUGGUAUGAUGGGACGCGGUAUCUAGCUCAUUUCAACCAUGCAGAUGACAAAAACUCGCGGGUUUUACCUCUAAAGAUAUAGUGUAUGCAGGCUUCUUCGCAUAUUUUUCUCCUCUCGACUCUUCGCAGUUGUGUCUGUGUGCUUGGUCGCACUUCGCUCACAGUCUGGUCAGGUGUUCAUUCCUUACUGCCUCUGUAAGUCUUCGCUGAUUGAUGCGCACCUCUCAGUGUUGGAAAACAUGUCAUUUUAAUUUUUACGAAAACUUGAAUAUAUAAAAAAGUAUGUUUUUGUCGACUUUACAAGAAAUAUGUUUACUAGGAGUUUUAUUCUUUUAAAAAAAACCACAUACAUCGCAAUAAAGUUAAUCAUUUAGAUCGCAUUUUUGUGACUUUCUCAAUUUCUCUGCCAGUUAUACCGUCGAUUUAGAUAUAGUCUAUUUCAAACUUCCUGAAGGCAAGAAAAUAAAGAGUGAAAAAAAAA